GUUUCCAUAACAAAAUUGAAAAGUAAACAAUCGCUAACUGGUUCAUCUUUUAAAUUAGAUAUUUUAUUAAAUUGAGAAUUAACCAAGGAUUAUUUCCUUAAUAUGAUUUAUUUUACUUGUAACUCUUUCGAUUUUCCAAUUUAAACUUAGUUUCAAUUGUUAAUUUACCUCUAAUAUCAGUGAAAAUUAUUAUCUACAUCUCUAUGUUGCUUUCUUAUAGAAAUAUUUCCUCUGGCUCUAUGAGUCAAAGUUUAAAAAUAUUUAAUUAGAAAUGUUUCGUAGUCGGGAAUCUACCUGGAUAGGUUUUGAAAAAGCUCAACAGAAAAUUGAUGCUUUAAAAGAAGAGGUGCAACUUGCUGAAGAAAAGCUACUUGAUUGCAAAAAAAAUUUAAAGCAUGAUACGAAGUUGACGAGAAGCCCUGUAACUAGUUCAAAAAAUGUUGCUUAUUUGCGAGAAGAUUAUAGAAUUAAACCUGAAAGCAGAAAACAUUUUUAUAAAGAAACAGUUUCAAAAAAAUUUCCUCAGAAUGAAAAAUUUAUUCACAAACAAAAGUUUAGAUUUAAAAAAGCACCUGGGAGAAUUAAUCAUCUUAAUAGCAGUUGGGCAACAAAGUCUCCUGAGAAUCAUCUUGAUCAAACUAAAACCGCGCCAAGAGAUGCCUUAUUUAAAACAGAUAAGAUUCCUCGUGACUUCUUAGUACCAUCCAGUGAUUCUUCUAUUUCAUCAAUUCCUCCUUAUAAUGAGUCAUUUUCUUCAGGCUCUACAUCAUCAUUAUUAGCUGAUACUUAUAGAGAAAUUGAGGAGCGACUUUCACAAGUGAUGCAAAGAAGUGAAGAUUUGAUGCAAGCCCAUGGAAUUUUGAGUAAGAAAAAAGGAAGUGACAUUUCUUUUGUUAAAUCUACCCCUGUUGAAGCUGUAGAAGAAACAGUGCCAAAGUCUCUCUUUGAACCUAAAAGUGUUGCACUUGCUCAAGUAGAAAAUUCUAACCAUGAAUAUAAAUGGGUUACUGUAUCUAAUGGAAAGGUGCCUCGUCGUAUUAGAUUUACUAGGGAUGGUUUCCGUAAAAUGCAAAUGAUGGUUGAAAAUCAAAAGAAAAUGAGUGAAGAAUUUCAAAGGAGGUCAACAAGUGAUGAUAGUGUUAAUACCAUCAAAGAUACCAAUUCUAGUUUUAAUGGUAAUGGGACCACCACUGAGCCAAAAAUUCCCAUAAUGGAUGAUACCAAAAUGGAAGAAGAAAUCAAACUCCCCCCUACCAGAAAAAUACGCAAUGUAUCAUCUGUUCCUUCAUAUAGAGGUUUUUGUGUGCCAUCACCUAAACUAUCAAGGAAGCGAAUAUCACACCUAAACAAAAAAUUCAGUGCAAAUGCUUCAGGUAAUGGGGAGAAAGACAUUUUGAAAAGAGCUAGUAGAAGUGCCAUCAAUGAAAAAAACUAUCCAAACCUGGAAACUGCAAAAUCCUCUGAAAAAUUUAAUACAAACUCUGAUUUACAAAUGGAGAAUGAUGAAGAGAAAAGUCAAAGUUCAAGUAAUAAAGUGUCUAGUAGUGUUUCUAGCCCUUCGCCUAAAAAUGAAGAUUUGAAAAAAGAAUCAUCUCCACAAGAAUCAUCUUCAUCUAAGGAAUCAUCUCAAAAUGAAAAUCCUACAAAUUCAUUUGUGAAGGAAAUUAGUCUUGAUAGUUCAACAGAAUCUGAAGAAGAGGUAGAAGAUGAUGAUAAUAUGAAAAAAGAAAAUAUUAAACCCAAACUUAUCAGAAGUGUCAAGAGAAAAGCCACUAAACUUCCAGAUCAAACAGCACCAUCUCCAAAAAUAAGACACUACGAUGUUAAUUCUGUAAGAAAUUACAUCAAGAAAAAGAAGGAAGAAAGGAAACAACGAUCAUUAGAUGAACAUAAGAAAAUGUUGCAAGAAGCUGAAAACAAAAAAGAAAGGCUCCAGAAACUAUAUGACUAUCAGAAACAAAAUAUUCCUCCUCCUACAAAAUCUACCUCACCUCUUCAAGUACUUCAUAGCAAUCUUCAAAAUGAAAGCAACAUAAGAGAAAGUAGCAAAGAGGCAAUAGUCCAUUCACCUACUAAAGAAAAUUCUCAAAAAAAUCAUAAAACACCACUUAAGGGUAUUAAUGAAGCUGGAAAUAGAUUUGCCCACUGGAGUUCCAUUGAUAAUGAAACUUUUUGUCUCCAGGAUGAAAACAUUAAUCCAUCCUCUAAUGAUAUCUUGCAAAAUGGCGACAUUUUAUCUAAUAGAAAUAUAGAACAUUCUAAAAAUAGUAGAAAUGAUUCUAGCCUAAGGAAAGAAAAUACGACUAAACUUCGAAAGCCUUCAGUUAAGUCUGUUAGGUCUGUAGAGAUUUCUGAGGCAAAAUUGAAUUCACAAUAUUGUCAAACGAGUUUUGACAUGUUAUCACCGGAUUCUUUUUCACCAGCUGACGGACAGACUGAAAGUGAUUCUUUUCAUGAAAAAUUUCACUUUGAAAAAUUUUCCUUUCCCAAGCGUCCCCAGGUUAGUACAAAAGAAAAUGAAACUUUAAAACAUCUUAUGAAAUCAAUAGAGGCUUUAUCAGAACCUUUCGAAAAUUUAAUACGAACUAAGAAGUGGGUUGAAAAUAUUCCUCCUGUACCAAUUCAUCUAGAAAAAUCAAGCUUUUCUGCCUCCAAUGAGAAAUCUUCUGAUGCAAACUCUAUGCCAGAAGUAAAUGCAGGUUUUUUAAUAGAUGUUGCAAAAACACUUCAUUCAACACAAAAUACUACUUUCAAGGAGCAAGUCACUGAUAUUGGAGAUACUAGUCAGCUACUAGAAAGAAUUCUUGGGAGGCAAUCUGAUGCAAUUCAGCUCUCAGUUGAAUCUAAUUUAGAUCCUAUAAAAAGCAAAAAUUUAAAAUCUGAUGAUGAAAUUAGCCUGAUUGAAGGAUCUUUAAAUUCAGAAGAUGAAAUCAAUGCUAAUGAAAAUCAGCAAUCAUCUGUAAAAAGUGCAUCACCACCCACUUCUACAAUAGAAACUGGAGUAACGGUUUUAAGACAAAAUCCUGAUCCUUUCAAUUUUAUCAACACCUUCAAUAGGAAGCCAAUUGAUUUGCCAUUCAAUGUAGAAAAAUCUAGUUCUGAAUUAGAAACUCCCAGUACUUCCAUUACAUCGAACAAAGAGACAACCCCUUCAGAAACUGGUUCACAAAGUUCUCAUAUUAAAGAGAAUUCAGCUGAAAACUCAAGCCAUAUACUAAGCCAAACGUUUUAUAGUUCAGAAUUUUCUGAGGCUAAUGGUGUUUCAAAAGUGUUGCCACAUUCUUUAAGUGAAAAAGAUGUAAUCCUUAGUCCAAAAGAUGCUAACUCUAGUCUCAGAAUUUCCUCCCAAAACAUAACACCUACAACACACCAAUCGCUUAUUGGAGAAACUAUAGUUACUAGUCAAGAAAUUUCCUCCAAAAACUCAUCCCCCAAAACUCCAAUGCCUCUGAUAGAAGGAACUCUGAACUCAGAACUUCAUUCAGAAGAAACUAUCGAAGAAUUAUCCGAAUUAUCUGAAAGAUUGAUUAAUCAAAAGGUGCUAUCACAGUCUCAAUCAUCCAUAUCUGAAGCUGUAAGUGUUGCUGAAGACUCUGUCAAUGAUAAUAGUUCAUCUAUAUCAGUUCGAAAAGAUGCAGCUUCCAGCUCACAUUUGUCUAAAAAGGACAAUGAAGCCAAAAAUAAGGCUAGUCACUCUCAAUUAAAUGCCAUAUCUAAUCAAGUGGAGAGUAGUUCAGUUCUUGACUCCGUGCCAACAGAAAAUAAAGUGCCAUCUGAGAUAAACGAAGUUGAGAGUAGUAGAGUACCCUCGGUAUCAUCUGCUGGAGAUUUUCACAUUGAUUCCCUUGAUGUAACUUCCUCUAGUGUAAAAUCUGUUAAAUCAGGCAGUAAACAAACAAUGAGUGAUCCUUUUUAUCAGACAAGCAGUCCAAUUUCUUCUAACACACAACAUGUUUCUCCUUUUAGCAAUGUCGAAGGAUCAUUGAGUCCAAUACAACAUGAAGGAGCUAAGAAAGAAAAAUCUUUAAGUACAGAAGGAACUGUUGAAAAUGUUAGUGUGUCGUCUACAUCACCUAAUAGUGUGACUAUUGAUUUCACUCAACCUGUGAGAUUCACAUUAGCCAAUAACUUCACAAAGUCUAUGAAAGUUCAGAAACAAAAUAGUCAUGAAGAGCCAUAUUUUCCCUCUCAUAUAGUUACUAGAGUGGCUGCUGAAGCAGCAGCUGCAGCUCUAACUGUGGUUGUAUCAACUCAAAGAGAAUUAUUGCGAAUGGAAUCUAGAUCACCAUCUGAAGCUCAUAGUUCUAGUCAACGUAUAGUUAGCUCUUCUCGCAAAUCCAUUUCUCAUCGCUCGUCAUCUCAUUUGAAAGAUUCAUCUGACUAUGCCAUUGAAGAAGAAAUUAGUCAUGCAAGCACAGUAAAAGAAAUCUCAGUUUCUGAUAAAAUAAAAAAUAGUACUCCUUCUGAACAAAGCCCAAUUUCUAGUAGAGUUUCUUCUGCUAUUUCUGAAGAGCUAUCCACCAAUCAAAGUAUUAAGGAAAUGGUUCAGUCAUCUUUUUCUCAUAAAAGAAAAAUUUCAGGAAAUAUGUCCUCCCCUUCUCCUGCCAGUCUUUCUGAAAAUGAGUCAGUGUCUUCUGCCACAUUGAUAAGCAGUCGUUCAGAUUUUUCUGAUGUCACAGCAACGGAGUCUGUUCAUUCUGGGGAUUCUUUUGCUCAGCUUACUUUAGAUGUUGUCCGUAGAAUUACUCACGAUGAAGAGUCUCGAGCGAGGGACCAACUUUCUUUACUUCGGAUGCAAGAACGAAGUUUAGUCGAGAAGGCUCGAGAUAAAAUGAGACUGUUAGAAGUUUUAAAAAGAAAAUUGCAAGAGAAGGGAGCAGAUAAAAAGAAAAUCUCCAUGAUUAAAAAAUCUCAGAAGGACCUUAUUUUAAGAUUAAGACAAGAAAGAGCUCAAUUGAGGUGUAUGCAGGAGGCUUACAGAAGUGUUUGUGAGAAACACCAAUCUGUGCUUACAAGUAAACAUGAGCUCUUGAGCGAACCAACGUCUUUAGCUUCCCCAAUUUUGCAAAGAAAAAACAAACCACAUUCUUCUAAACUUGCCUCUCAGUCUAAAUCAAGAGAAUUGAAAUCACCUAUUUCAUCGUCAAAUUCUUCCAUUUUGAGUGAGAAUGUGCAGCAAACUGGAACUGAAGUUGAAGAAAUCUUAGAAGUUCCUGAUAUUUCUAAAAGUGCUACUAGCAUAUCUUCUCAAGGCACUGUUAUUGAAAGUGAGGUUUCUGCACAAUCUAAAUCUGCAACUUCUUCUCAAAAUAAUUCUGUAAAGGCAGCACCCAUUCUCUCUCAACCUGAUUCUAAGCCAAGCAGUUUACACUCGCAUGUAUCAAAUCAUUCAAUUGAGCAAGCUGCUCAGGGUCUAAAGAAGAUUGAAGCCAGUAAAAGGCAUUUAGCCAAAAGAGAGCAGCGCUUAUUCCAAAGAAGGAAAAAUGCAGAGAAGCUAUUACAGUGGCAGACUAAGCUUGACAGUGCAGAAAUGGAAGUCAGAGAGUUUGAACUAAAAGCUGCUGAAAUGGUGGACAGUAAUAAAAAGAAAACUAAGUACUAUGUAUCUUCCUCAUCAUCAACAGCAGUUGAAGUUAAAGACAAAUCAUCCAUGGAUAAAGAGGUUGAAAAGAUAUAUGGCAUUCAAAGCAGUUUAAGUGGGAGUGUCUCAUCAGAAAAAGCGAUUUCUGAAGUCAUAACAAAUGACCAAAGUGACUCUGUACCUGAGGAAAAUCUAACUGCAGCAAAUUCUUCUGGUGCUUCCGAAAGCAGCGUUGAGGAAAAAGUAACUGCAAAGGACAGUAUUAAUUCCAGUGCUGCUUCUCACAGUUCAAUUCAAGAAGAGGAGCAAAUCGAAAGUGAAGCAUCUUUGGUAAAAAGUGUCAUUGAAACAGUUGAGAGUUCCCCCAUUGAAGAAAUUUCAUCAAGUAAUACGUCACCCAAUUUUAAGUCACCAGUCUCCAAAGCCUCAUCUAACUCAGAAAUAUAUUCUGAAUCAUUUGGAUCUCUAGCAAGUCCAAAAGCAUCCUCACCUCUUCCUACUUCCUCUGAAACUAAGCACACUUCACAGACAUUAAAUAAUAAGAAAGAUAAAGGCUUUAGCAUUAGGUCUCCUCUCAUUCCUCGUAGUAUGAAAAGACACGAUUCUAGUGGAUCAGAUGAUUCAUACACUAUAUCACAUUCAGAAACUGCUUCUGAUCAAAGUGACAUUGAAGGUCGUAUUCAUGCUUUAACUGAGCAAUUGAGGAGGCGUAGAGCUGAAGCUGAGAAGUUGAAGCGGGAACAUAAGAAGAAGUACAGAGAGCAAUUGAAAGAAAAAGAGCUUUCUCUUCAAAAACAACUUGAAGCAUACAACCAGUAUAUAGAAAAAACAAAAAAGGAGCUGGAAAGUCAAGUAGAGUCUGUUUCGUCUCACAGCAAUGAUGUUUCAAGUGUCAAACCUCAAAUUAAAUGGCCUCGCUCAGAUACUGCCAUAGAUUCUCACAGGUUGAGAAAACGAGCAUCUGUGCCUUCAGAUACAAGAGCUUUUGAGUCAAAGAAAAUUGCUGACACCUUGAGCAGUCCAGAAUCAAAAGAUUCUAGUAUUAGCUUUUCAUAUAAAAAUGAAAAAGAUACCAGCAAUAAAUUAAGUUCAAAUGAAAAAACUAAAGCCACUGAAACCUAUGAUGAUAUCAGUAUGAAAUCGAUAUUGAAUGAUAAAACUGAACAACUAAAGCUAACUGCAGAUAAUUCUUCAGUCAAUUCAGAAGAAAUAUUAACAGAUGCAGAAAAUAACAAUAAUAAGAUAACACUUGAUAGUAAAGACCCUUCUAGUUCAAGCAAUGAAUUGUUUCAGAAAUCACAUUCAAUUACUGAAAAACAAGAUGAAAUUGAAUCACAUGACAGCUCUGCAAUUUCAGUCAUAACAGAUGAAUCCAUCCCAGAAAAAGAUGCUUCAGCAAGUGAAACUGAAUCAAAAUCAUCUUAUCCCUCAGAUUCAUUUGUUUCUGAUUCUAGCUACUCAAAGUCAGACAAUGAGCCUGAUAGUAAAGGGACAGAAAAAACUUCAUCUAAAUCUCAAAAAGAUCAAUCUUCAUCUGGUGACGAAGUCAGCACUGCGAAAUUUUCUGAGAAAACCGAAGAAGAGCCACAAGAAUUUUCUGAAAAGAGUAGCAAUAGCGAUGCCACUCCUCGCGUGGAAGACGAAGAAUCAGAAAUCGAAUAUCAGUCAGAAAUUUCUUCCGUAUCCGUAACUGAAUCUGUUAAAGAGAACGUUGAAGUCAAGAGCAGUGAAUGCGAGGGUAGUGAAGGUUGCAGCAAAAGUCCAUCUAAGACAAGUGAUGUUAAAGUUGCAUUGUUGUCAGAAAAUCAAUCGGACAGUAUACUGUUAAAAGAUGUCAAUAACGACUCCGCUAUCGCAACGUUUGAUUUUAAUCAGCAAAACUUGGAGGAAACGUCCCAAUCAGAAAUGUUUGUAACGAACAUUGUUAACUACCUGUAUUGCAACAUUUUUGAUGAUAGUAUCAAAGCUGUUUUGAGUCUAUUUCACAAGGAUAGUAUUCUUAAAAAAGAUACAAAACAACAGUUCAGAAUAACAAGCUUAGAAAGGAGUAGUUAUGUUAAAGGAGAUACUGACCAAGGGCCAGUAUCAGAAAAAAAUGUGGAAGAAAUAUCAGCUCAUUUGUUAGACAUGUGUCUUCAGGAUUCUAUAUCAACAAUAUUAAAAAUUACUGCAAAAUAUAAAACAUCAUCAGGGUAUGAGAAUGUUAAAUUGAAAAAUAGUGAAAAUUAUCCCGAUGUAAAAUCUAACUCAAUAACUCCUUCAAAGUCUAAUGCGCUGAAAAAUGAAAAUUCUAUUUUCCAAAAGCAAAAUGUUCUUCCUGAAGAAACAGAAAUAAGCAUUUUCAAGAAAGAAAUAGAUUGGUUUGAUGAUACUUUUAUGAUGCCACAAGCUGACCACUCUCAAUUAGAGCAACAGUUAAUGAUACAACAGUAUCCAUUUUACUACCGCAAAAUUCCAAACAAGCCACCACCGCCUUACACUCCUCCCACUGCUGUCUUCAAUGCUCAAGCUGCUUUACAAUUGGCCCUUAAACGUGAAAAAGCAGCUGCUCAGAAUGAUCCUGUAGCCCAUGUUACCAAAAAUAUUGACUUCAUCAUGGAACACGUAACUGAUCUGUUUAUAGCUGCUAAAAAGCAAGGAAGCCUACUAACAGACAUAAAGGAUCCUAAUUUUAAUGCUGUGAUAGAAAAGUUAGGGCUUACAAUCCCUUGUCAAAUCACAUUUUUAGACUUGAUUUUUGACGCUUCUAAAGAAAUUUUGCUGGAUUUAUAUCAAGAAAUAGAAGAAGUGCCUCAACCCUGGCUUAAGCCAAAAAGAUUAACUCCAAAGCCUCCUUUCCCAUGUGAUAAAGAUAAAAUAUUGCCUGUACUUCAGAAAGAAGUAGAAAAAACUUUUAAGCUUUUACCAAAAGAUCAAACAAAUGUGUGGCAAAGAAAGCGGCCUACAUGGUCUACUUUGAAACUUGGUCGCAAGAAGAGAGAUUUUGUGGAUACCAUUUUAAUUAGUGAGAUUAAAGAUGAAGAACCCGACUGGAUAAAUUACGAUCAAGAUGAAGUGACGGUCAAAUUCCAAAUAGCUGAUUCCAUAUUUGAUCAAUUGAUUGAUGAUACAGUUACUACUUUGAGAAAACUAGAGGAAAGUAUGAACAGGUAGCUAGAAAAUUACUAUCACGGUAUAAGCCCCUUCAACUAAGGUUCCUACAUAUGUAAAUACACACAAUGCAUUUAUGAGUAUAUUUUUUUAACAAUGUAGAUAAACUGAAUGCAUGUAAUAAGUGAAUAGAUUUGUGUUGUAAAACAUGUAAAUAAAAUAAAUUUUCAAUUUUA